AUGGCAUCUCAAGCACAAGAGGCCCUCCCGCCCGUCAACAUUAAGCCGCUUCUGACCAAGCUCUGGCCUACCGACACCAAUGUCAGUCCGCAGGAGAUUGCCGAGGCCAUCUCGCACUUCUUCACCAACCAGGUGACAGAGGCGCAGACGGCCUCGCUCCUCAUGGCCCUGCACUUCACAAGGCUGGACUUCAGGGCUGAUGUCCUGGCCGAGUGUGCCCGGGUCAUGCGCCAAGCGGCUGCCCCUAUCCCCGUCGAGCAACUCCUGGAAGUCAUUGAGCGAAGGGGGAGAAAGGAAGGCAACUACAGAGGUGGUCUGUGUGACAUUGUUGGGACUGGUGGUGAUGGUCACAACACGUUCAACAUCAGCACCACGUCUUCCAUCCUUGCCUCGGCACUUCUCAUGGUGUCCAAGCAUGGAAACAAGGCCAGCACCUCCAAGUCUGGUAGCGCCGACCUGGUCAACUGCAUGCAGCCCAAGCCUCCCAUCAUCAGCGCCGUCCGGCCAGACACACUGGUCAAGGCGUACUCCGCCACCAACUACACCUUCCUGUUUGCCCCAGUGUUCCACACGGGCAUGCGUUACGUCGCGCCUGUUCGCAAGCAGCUUCCCUGGAGGACCGUCUUCAACAAUCUUGGGCCCCUGGCCAACCCCGUCGAGGAUGUCCUCGAGGCGCGCGUUAUCGGCGUCGGCCGAAGAGACCUUGGCCCGGCCUUUGCGGAGGCAUUGUGCAUGGCCGGCUUCAAAAAGGCCCUCAUCAUCUGCGGCGAGGAGGAGCUCGACGAGGUCAGCUGCGCCGGCAACACUCUUUGCUGGAUGGUCAAGGAGACGAGCGAGGGCAAGCUCGAGGUUGAGCACUUCAAGGUGCAUCCCAGCGACUUUGGCCUGAGCACCCACUCCUUGGACACAGUGUCGGGUGGUAAAGAGCCCGAAGAGAAUGCAGAGAUCCUCUCCAAGAUCCUGCACGACGAGCUGCCGGAUGAUGCUCCACUCCUCGAGUUCAUCCUGAUCAACACUGCAGCCCUGCUGGUCACUUCGGGCAUCUGCGAGGCCGACACCAGCGACAUGGGGCCUGACGACGACGGCCAGGUCAUCAAGGAGCGAGGCCCCGGCGGGCAGCGCUGGAAGGAGGGCGUCAGAAGGGCUCGCUGGGCUCUCAAGAGCGGCGAGGCCUGGAAGCAGUGGGAGAAGUUUGUCGAGGUCACGAACGAGAUUGGCGCCUAA